CCCUCCCCUCAUAUUCUUCAUCUCUCUCUUAGUUUUCAGUCUCGUCAGUCUCCUCUCUCAAAAACCCAGCCCGAGUUUUCGCUGGUUCGCCGCGCCGCCCAUUUUCAGAGGUUUAGAAAGAUAUGAGGUUAGAGAAGUGUUGGUUUUGUUCCUCCACCGUAUAUCCGGGCCACGGUAUCCAGUUCGUCCGCAAUGAUGCAAAGAUUUUCCGCUUUUGUAGAUCGAAAUGUCAUAAGAACUUCAAGAUGAAGAGGAAUCCUCGUAAAGUAAGAUGGACUAAAGCAUUCAGGCGUUUACAUGGAAAGGAUAUGACACAGGACUCGACCUUUGAAUUUGAAAGGAAGCGUAAUAGGCCAGAGAGAUACGAUAGAAAUCUGACUGAAAACACUUUGAAGGCCAUCAAGAAGAUUAGUAAAGUCAGAGCUGAUAGGGAGUCCCUACAUCAUAAGAACAGAUUAAAAGGGAAGAAGUCCAAGGAACUCCGCGAGGCAUACAAGGAACUGCAACAAGACAUCGGGCUUAUCAAUCCAUCUAUUCUCAAGAGAGACCCAUCUCUCGCUCUUCCUAUCAAGGUCAAGAUUACCAAGAAACAAGCACAGGCUCAACCAAUGGAAGAAUGAGCGUAAAAAUCUUCUUGUUGGUCGUAUCUUUUUACUAUUCUCUUAAGUAUUCUAUCUCCAAAUGUUUCAUCAUCUGUUCAAUGUUCGGGAAAUGCUUCAUGUGUUUGAUGCUAAAAUUUUGUAGGGAUUAACGUGUUAUGUAGAACGUGAAGAAGUGAGUUUUUCUGUCUUUAUCUAUAUGGAAUAUUUUUUCAUAUUGUGUUGCUGAUCCUGAUAUGCUAUUUGGAGGAAGCAGCUUCAUUAGAUGCAAUCUGUGGGUUGUGACUAUUCGCAUUGUUCCA